AGCUCUGUAUGACCAGCCACACACUAUAUUGCCACUGACACAAUCUCUUUAUCUAUCUCUAUACACUGAUUAACCCUGUAUGAUGAAAGAUAUACUGAAAAGGCAGGACUGAAAAAAAUCACUUGCACAUUUUGGACACCAACCAGGAACGAAGCCGUCUGAGUUAGGUGACAGAUUUUCUGUGGAACCCCUGUGCAUUAAGAUGGAUAUGUCACAUACACACCAUAAUCACCAUAACGACAUGACCAUGUCACCUCCAAUCACAGACUCUCAUGGAGACCAUGAGCACCCUGACACAGGCCAUAUGAUGAUGCAAAUGACCUUCUACUUAGGCUACAAAAAUGUUGAGCUGCUAUUCGCCUGGCUUGUCAUCAACACACCAGGAGAGAUGGCAGGUGCAUGCAUCGGUGUGUUCCUGCUGGCUGUGUUCUACGAGGGGCUUAAGAUCGGUCGUGAGGUCCUGUUGAGAAGGAAUCAGGUGAACGUGCGUUACAACUCCAUGCCUGUCCCUGGAGCAGAUGGAACCAUUCUCAUGGAGACCCACAAAACAGUUGGCCAGCGAAUGCUGAGUGUUGCACACUUGCUCCAGACGGUUCUACACAUCAUCCAAGUGGUGGUCAGUUACUUCCUCAUGCUGGUGUUCAUGACAUACAACGGUUACCUGUGCAUCGCCGUGGCGGCGGGCGCAGGGUUUGGCUACUUCAUCUUCAGCUGGAAGAAGGCAGUAGUGGUGGAUAUUACAGAGCACUGUCAUUGACCUCUCGACAAACCCCACGGCUGAUCAUCCCAAAAAACACCUACUGAACAAUCCAAACGUACAUCACAACAACCUGAUGUAUGUAGAGCACUGUAUGAAUGCUCAAAUUAAUUUUGAGAAAUAGUGAGGGCCUCAUGGCUCCAUUCAUUUUAAAGCUUGGCUCUGUUUUGAUCCUCUUAGUUUUAUACAAAAUACAAUAUUUCAUAACCCUACCAUUCCUCGUUACCAUCCCGUCACAAUUUCAGUCACUUUGACAGCUGCAUGUCUUCUGUAAUGUUAAAAUAUGUGUACACAGCCUAACCGUCUACCUCCACGGUCAUAGUACACUAUGUGAAAGAUCACAAUUCAGUUUAAUAUAAUUGUGUCUGCUGUCCACUUCACAUUAAUGUAUAUGAACGAAGGUGCUUUUGGGCAGUGCGAUACAGCCUUACUAAACCCCUUUGCCUUAAAUUAGGGAACACACACACACACACACACACACACCCACCCAAGAGGGUGACUGAAGACUCUGAGCUAAACUGGUUCUGGCAGACCUAGUAUACAAGCACUAGUGAUUUUAUUUAAGGUAGUGCUGGGAUGUUACGGCUGACUAUCCAAGUGUUUUGUUUUUUUUUUCUAUUUGAGCUGUUGGAGGAAUCAAUGAAACAACUAUUAAUGAGUGAUGAUUGUUUUGACUCUGGAUUGAAAUGUUGAAUCUUGUUGUCAUAUGAUGUUUGCACAGAGAAAGAGAGGUUUUGUGUUGGCAGAGUUGAAGUUGAACUUUGCUCCUUUGGAGUGCUUUUAAGUAAUUAUUCAGUGGGGAAUUAUUGGAAAAUAAAUUAAAUCUGAUGCCAGUGUCAUUUAUUUUUAUAAUUUAUAUUUGUAAACUCUACUACUUAAAUGACAAUGUACUUGAUAUCAAAACCUUUUUUGGCAAUCUGUGUAGAUCCUUUUUUAUUUUUUCCACAUCUUUUAAGUGAUUGUGUUGUGUCACACAGAAGAUAUGAUCUUGAGCAAAUUAUGAGCUAUUCAAAAUUUUAAGGUAACUACUCUGAUAGUCCAUGGGUCCUAGAAUGACAAUUUUAUUGUUUUUGAUGAUAGUUAUGCUCCUUUAUGGUAAAGGGGUGUGCCUUUGUCAUACUGGACCCAAUUAACUCCAAUUUAAGGUCAGAAGAAGUGUCUGAAAAAAAAAAAAAAAAGGCUGGAACUGAAGGCUUUCUUACUGAGAAAAUAGCAAACCACACAGCAUUGUGGUUUUUAAGAAAGCAUAUACUUUUUGCUUAGUUUAAUUUGUUUUCUGUAAUCUUAUUAAUAGACCUAUUUUAUUGUUUCAGAAGAAAAUGUUAACAUCACAUGUUUGUACCAGUUGUCAGGUACAUUUUGUGGCACGGGAUUUGAGGAUUCAUUAUAUUCUCUAUCACAGGGCUUUGUCAUAUCAAAUCUGGUACUGUUCUGAAAAAUAUAGUAGCAAACUGUGUUUGCUGAGUGUGUGUAUUUUUUUUUUUUUUUUUUUGUAAAUAGGUUUCACAUUUUGGUCAACAUUGAAGUGGGACAGUCACAGCAUACAAGCCCUUGUGUAGAAGAAUUGAGCCUCAUUUCCACUAUUGCAGUUGUGUUAACAUUUCACAAUUCAGUCAUGUCUGUAGAGUUUUACCUAAAACAGUACUGCAAUCAUUAAUAGUAAAUGGCAAAUAAAUAUUUUAUGAUUUGAAGGAUA